GGGCACACUCUUGCAGUGCAGGCACCAUAGACAUAUAUUCAUCAACUGCACUUGCACUGCUGCUAGCAAUUGAGCUGCUGCACCUAGUUACAAUAACGGAAAGUUCCUUUUUACGCUUUACAGUGUUUGCAUGCUUUAUACUUACAUUGGAAGCCCUUUGCUAGACCAGAACUUGCAAGACGACUACGACCGGACUGUGCCCCGUGUUAUUUCCUUAUUCAAUUUAUUUAUGGUUUGACACUAGUUAGACGUGUCCCUUCUUGCAGCGAGCUUAAGUUGAAAGGGGGGCCCUAGGGCCCCGUCGGGGAGCCAUGGAUCCUCUUAGCGUCCUUCGCGAUUUCAAUACCUUAAACCGCCUGAACCUGGUGCAGCAAGUUGGAGGAAAUGUGCAAUUCGGGGAUCGUUAUAGCUUUCCUGCUGCCACGCCGGUCUACAAGGCUGCCGGCAUGCAAGCAGCGGCAGCCUACUAUACUCUGCAAGAUGUAUUGUUCUAUCUCAAGAACAGGCAUCUUAAGCCACAGGAGUAUGUGAUGGCAGCAAGCCAAGCGGGCGUGGCCAACAUCAACAUCGUCGACCGCAAGAAAGUGCUGGACGUGUUGGAUGGUGUAGCUGCCGUGGACCCCUCGCUGCUGCCCCCGCUGGGCGCCCUGCCGCCCGGGGUGGGGGCGGCGGCAGGCGGGGCGGCGGGCGGCAGGGCGCUGGCAGAGGGGGGCAGGGAGGCGGAGCCGCAGGCGAAGCGGCAGCGACUGGUGGAAGACGAGGCCAGCGCCAUGCGGGGCCUGAUGGCUCAGGAGCGGCAGCUGCGCAACCGCAACACCAUGCUGCUCGCCCCCAACAAGGACUUCCGCUCCGUGCUGGAGGCGGUCAGCAACGUCAAGAAGCUGGCGGCAAAGCAGCCCACUGGGGGGACAGCAGCAGCGGGGGCAGCCGCGGGGAAGCAGCAGCCCCCCUCCGCCGCCGCCGCGGGUGGCAAGCAGGCACACCGGGAGCCCCAGGGCUCCAGCCGCUACGGCCGGGACAGCACCGCGGACCAGCUCAAAGCCAUGGCGCCAGGCGCCGGCGGCAACCUCGCGGUCAACAUGUACGGCAGCUCCUCCGCCAAGCCCCCCGCCUCCUCGCAGCCCCCACCCCCCGCCAGCGGGGCCGCAGGCUACGUGCCCAUUCGCAAGAGCGGCUCCUCCGCUGCUGCUGCUGCCGGUGCUGCUGGUGCUGGUGCUGCCGGCAGCAAUGGGCAGCCUGCUUCCGGCUCGGGUGGCAGGGCCGCCAAGCCGCAUGCGAACAGCGGCGGCACCAAGGGCGGCGGAGGAGCGGCGGGGGCGGGAGCGGCGCGUGCCGGAGGCGACAAGGGGGGCAAGGGCGGAGCGGAGGCUAAGAAGGGGUCGGGCGGCGGGGGCGGGGUGCCGAUCAUUAUAGUGCCCUCGGGCCUGACCUCCAUGAUCAACAUGUACAACGCGCGGGCCUUCCUGGAGGAGGGGCGCUUCGUGCCGGCAGCGCAGGCCCAGGCUGCUGCUGGCGGCGCCCCCAAGCCCUCCCAGCUGCUCAUCCGCCGCUCCGCGCACCGCCCCAACCCCCCUGGGGUGGAGUACCAGCUGACCGACCGCGCGCCGCCCGCCGGCAGCCCCGACUGGGAGCGGGUGGUGGCGGUGGUGGUGCAGGGAGCCAAGUGGCAGUUCAAGGACUGGCCGCAUAAGGGUGCCAAGGACGGGGACCUGGUUGAGGCGCUGGCCAAGGUGUGCGGCUUCUACAUCCACUUCGCUGAUGAAAAGGUGGGCCCCCCCGUGUCCGACUGGAACGUACGGACGGUUCCGCUGCACCGCGAGAGCCGCCACAAGGACAUGACAGCCAUGCUGGAGCUGUACCGCCACCUGGACACAUUCCUGCAGGCCAAGCGGAGCUCCCUGUCGUAUUGAGGAGUGCUGGAGCGCCGGGGGGGGCUGACUGCGGGGGGCGGCCAAGUAGGGGGGUCAGAGAGAGGGAGGCCUCCGCUGUGCUUGACGCGUGGCGCUUGGCGCUUUGGGCGAGCAUGUAGGGGCUGGGUGACUGGCUGAGUGGCGGGGGACCCUGGGUGUCUGGCUGGCUGGCGGCCGGGGAAGGAAGGGCCGCUGGUUGGUUGGAGAGGUUGUGUGGGGUGUCGCUGAGGCGUUGUGAAUCCCCUGUUGGGUCGGACGCUACAGCAGCAGCUGCUGGGGGACGGAGGAUCGCACCGAGCUGCAUUGUUGUAGCUGCUGCUGCUGGUGAUGAUAAUGGUAUCGACAAUUUGGAGGUGGAGAGCGAGGAACAUGGUGCUGUAGGCGAGGUGCGGUCGCCUGUGGCAGCUGCAGUGCUGGUAAUCCGCACGGCACUGAACAGGUGCUCAGCACUUGGGCUUCCGCUCGACUGGGACAUACAGCGGUUGGGACACACAAGGAGGUCCUGCCAGGAGCGAGGGCGGUGGUAGCGGUGGCGGUGUGGUGUUGUGCUGGUGAUUAGGUCAGCUGAGCCGCGGCCGGUGGAGGCAGGUGUGCGCGGGGCACCUCAGCAGCGCGAGCUCCCACGCACACCUGGUUUGUCGGUACGUACCAGUAGCCCCAAGACAUCAUGAGGUGCCCGGAAAGCGGGGAAGGUGCACCGCGGCUGGGAGCCCUGUGUACCUUGUGUGCCGGGGUGGUGGAGUUGUGCUGGGGCGGUGUGAGGAUGGUGGAGUUGUGCUGGGUGCGGUGGGGAGCGAACGAGGGCUAUAGCGCGGGCGGCUGCAGGAGUGGAGUGGGGGGAGGCAGUGUCGGACUACAACACAGAGGCUGCAGAUGGACGUUGUAGGCUGUCUUUGCGGGCCCCAUAGGCUGCGGCAGCACUACCGCUACGUUACGUUCAGGAGACUAACGACCCGCUUUUUACCAUAUGUGGUAAGCUCAGUACGGCAAUGCUGAUACGGUGCCCCGCCUGUUCUCCGUGACUUGACAUCACCGUUUUGGCACCGGAGCUACCCAGGGAGUGCCGGCCGCGUCAUGCGUCCUGCUGCGUCCUGUGGGGUGCGGACACGGACGCGGUUUGCACGGCCGCCGAGGCCCUAAAAUUGCCUUACUUCUGGCCGCUGUAAAGCCAAACUGGCGCUAGAACACUGCCUGUAACGGUC